GAUCUUCUGUCUAUAGGUUCCUACAGACUUUAGCGCAAGUACUGGGGUGUAUGUGUAUGGAAAACGCAUAGGUGUUCAAAUACAAUGCGAUUCCAGUGCAUUUUCUCGGACUCUGUGCUGUUUCUCAAAAGAUCAAGAAUGACAGCGAGACACCAUGGCAUAAAUGUAAAUCGCAGCUGCAUCCAAAUUGCGUUGGAAUUGCAGAUAAACGUGGAUGAAUUUGCACUGGCUGUGAUCCUUCAAGUCACGUUACAAAACUCAUUCAAAUUGCACCUCAUCAGAGUGAACCUUAAAGAGACAAUAAACCUGGAGAUCCACUUUAAGGGUUGAGAGUAGUGCUUAGAUUGUACAAAGAUACUGCUGCUGCUUUUUUUUUUUCCCACACUCCCAAUGACUGAAUAGAGCACCAGGGAGUGAAAGGAAAUUGAGCACAUGCUGCUCGGUAAGGGUAAAGUUAGAGACCUUAUUUGUGUAGACAUCCAAAAUCCCUGACACUGCUGUGCUGCCAUCUUGGUUGUGAUAUCAGCAGACUCUGAGCUGUCACUCAAGUGACACUUUAUAGUAAUCCCCUUAUCUCCUCCCCCAGCAGCUGCAUUAAAUGUUACAGAGAGGUGAGGGGAGGGGCAGAGAUGCUGGGCCAGCACAGACAGUAUCUCUUGGACAAGGAAAGGGCUAUGAUGUGUGAAGAGGAAGGGGGCUGUACUAGGAAUUUACUCUCCUGGAGUAGUCACAUUUUCUUUGCAGGUUCAGAUGCACAUUGGUUCUGGCUGGCCUGGACGCUCAUCAUUCUGGCAGGCUGCUGCUGUGCAUAUCGGCACCGCAGAGUAAAAUUAAGACAUCAGCAGGAGCUGAGACAGCGUGAGAUCAGCCUUAUGGCCUACCAGGGGGUCGCUCCAUCUGCCUCUGCUUCAACUGCCUUAGAGGUCUGGCCAACCUGCAAACUGCCUACAUAUGAAGAAGUGACCCAGGACCCACCCACGCCUCCACCACCCUAUUCUGAAAUUUUGGAGGAGACUGUCACAGGUGGAGAGAGCCACCCUUUUCCUGCAGCUAGUUCUGUAAGUUUAGAUCUAACGCUAUCUCAGCAAGAAGCAGCCUCACCAGAGGAGGUAUCUGCAACAGAUCAUCUUGUGUAUCGAUAUGACUGUAUGGAGCAAGAGAGUGCCAGUGCCUUGGAGAGGAGACGUCACAUCACAGGGGAUUCAGGAAUCGUUCUUUGUGAUGAGAAGGUCAUGUGCUUGAGUGGGAGAGAAGACGAGACUGAUCUAUGUAGCGGUUGAUAUGUCUGCAUGGAAACCGGGGAGCUACACAGACAGGGGAAUAACUAAACCCUAUUUCAGAGAAUUCAUUGGCUUAAAUGAAAAUCUGUAGUGAGGAAGUUUGAAAACUGACAUUGCUGACCCCUUCUAAAAAAAAAUACUUGGUCUAUGGCUGCCUUGCUGAUCCAGAGGUUGUAUUACUUUCUAAAUCAAUGACUUUUAAUCAAUAUGGAGAUUAGGAGUUAUGCCUUUCCUCUGACUUUUAAUCUACAUACUUGCCCCCUGGCCAGUGUCUUAAAGCAUUACAACCAGAGAGCCAGGCAGCUAACAUUUUCAGGAGGUCAUCAUUGGCAGUCUCCAUAUUUCCAUUAGUACAGCUUUUUAUUAAUGGGCAAUACAUAACCAUAAGGGGCUCUAUCCCAUGGACAUUAAUUUACAAGGGCUGUUACACCAGGGGGAGCAGUGGCCUCGCCAACCCUGACAACCCUCUAUUUCCAGGCACUAUCCUUGCACUGAUGGCAUCUUCUUACAGAGCUUUUGCACUUUGUUUUUGUAAAUUUGUCAUUGGGUUCAAGUGGAGAAUCCAUAUGUGUUUUCCUUGUUAUUAUAAUUAUGUUUUUUGUAUAGAAUUAGACACAUUUUGUUACUGACAUCAGAAUGCUGUGUAAUAUUGUAAUCACAAUGGCAUGGUCUCAACGAAUGAUUCUUUAUCUGCUUAUCAGAAGGGAAUACUGAUAAAUAAACCAGCUCAGUUUAA